AUGGACUUCUACCUUCGAUGCAAUGCUCUAAAAUGUCGCACCCAGUUGAAGGAGCAAGCAGUCGUCACCACCUGUUCGCAUAUAUUUUGUCUUCCCUGCGCAGAUACUCUCGGUCUCUCGCGUCCCACCCACGGCGAGCGUCGCUGUCCAGCUUGCCAAACCGUCCUCGUGAAUCCGGACGAUGCCGCAUCGACCGUUCUCAAUCCCUCUGAAGACUACAAAACCAGCGUACUGAGUGGACUAGAUCCGAACACAAUUAUGGAAUGCGCUAGUCGGGCAUUAGUAUUCUGGGCUUAUCAGACCACGCAGGAGAUGUGCGUAUUGCUGAGCUUUCCCUUUAAUUUCUGCGUCAAUUUCCUGACGGAAGACAGAUUCUACCAGGAGUAUCUUGGAAAGUCGCUUACGGAGAAAUACUCAACGCUGAAUACACACAUGGACAGGGUGAUUCAUAAUGCAAAUACGGAGAUAUCAGCUCUUCAGGCUAAAUUGAACGACAAGCAAACGACAGAGGAGCAGCUUCGCAGAAAGAACCAGGAGCUUGUCGAUCUCUACCGAGAAAAGUGCAAGAAAUUUGCUCAGAUCACCAAUCUGUACAACCUACUCAAGUCUCGUGCUAUGAGGUCGCAAAUGAAGACCGCUGCAUCGGACACUGUCUCACAAACUUUGAAUUCGCUGGGUAACUCGGGAAACGAGCUCUCAGUAUCAGGCUUGAGCAGACCGAUGGGUGUAUCGGGGCUACCACAAACUCCGGCAUCUCGUCAGGGCAAUCCGCACCCUGUCAACCUGGAAGGGGUGGAACAGCUACACCGGCAUCAGCGGAGCGGAACUGGGAGCUCAAAAGGCGCAAAGCAAAAGGUUAAUGCCGCUGCGAUGCCACCGCCCACAGUGCCAGUGAACUUGAGAAACCGUAUGCCCCCUCCAUCUAUUUCCGGUGAGCAAGAUAUUCUGAUACGUUCAAAGGAAGUAUCCCCAAUGCAACUCCACAACAACGAACUCGUCUCCCAGGCCCUAUACGUCCCUCGACUGGAAUGCCAAGCUUACCGCAGGACAACGUCAUGUUCGAGCGAUUUCAUGACACCAAUAUGCCAGGUCGGUACUUGA